AAAACAUUCCCCAAGAAGCAGAGACCAGCCAUGUCGUGGACUGCUCGAGUCCUCGUCACCGCCACCCUGCUCUCCGCGGCGGCAGCUGCUGCAUCGCCCAAUUCCACCUCGCCGCACCCCGGCCACCUCCUCGCGAAGCUCUCGCAAUGGCGGGAAGACUACCUCUCCGAGGCGGCCUCGCAGGCCGGCACCGGGAGCGUGCGCCGGAACACCGUCCUGGCGUGGAUCCUCUCAUUCCUGGCGGCGUCCGUGUCGAGCGCCGGCGGCGUGGGCGGCGGGUCGCUGUUCCUCCCCAUCCUCAACCUGGUGGCGGGUCUCAGCCUGAAGCGCGCCACCUCCUACUCCUCCUUCAUGGUCACUGGCGGCGCCGUCUCCAACGUGCUCUACAACCUCCUAUGCACGCGGGGGCUGAUCGACUACGACAUCGCGCUGCUCUUCCAGCCGUGCCUGCUCCUGGGCGUCAGCCUCGGGGUGGUCUGCAACGUCAUGUUCCCGGAGUGGCUUAUCACGGCGCUCUUCUCGCUCUUCCUCGCCUUCUGCACCGCCAAGACGUGGCGGGCCGGGGUCAAGAUCUGGAGGACCGAGACGGUGGCGGCGCGGCACGACCACAAGGUGCCGCUGCUCAUCGGCGGCGGCCUCCCGAUGCCUGGCCAGGUCGGCGGCGAAGGGUCGCUGGGUGGAGGGUCUGUCAAUGGAGGUUCCACGGCCGGUGACCGCCCGAGGUUCCCGCUGAAGGACAUAGCGGUGCUCCUCGUGGUCUGGCUCAGCUUCUUCUUGCUCCAUGUCUUCAUUGGAGAUAAGCACGGGAAGGGCGUGAUCAAGAUUAAGCCUUGUGGAAUAGCAUACUGGCUUGUCACUAUAUUCCAGGUACCUUUCGCCGUGGCCUUCACAGCCUAUAUCGUAUACGCAAAGAGAAAUAAGCAGGGUCGCCACGACGACGAAGAUGGCAAGGAACCAAAUUCUUUCGUUACUAAAACUGAAACAUUGCCGCCGCUCGCACUCCCUCUAGCCGCUUUCGUGACCGGGUCUUUGAGUGGCCUCUUCGGCAUCGGGGGAGGGCUACUUCUGAACCCUGUUCUCCUUCAGAUCGGAAUACCCCCGCAGACUGCAGCGGCGACGUCAUCGUUCAUGGUCCUGUUCUGCGCGUCCAUGUCGAUGGUUCAGUUCAUUCUCCUGGGCAUGGAGGGGAUCGGGGAGGCUGCGGUCUACGCAGGGAUAUGCUUCGUCGCUUCGCUCACCGGGGUAAUUCUGAUUGCACGGGCCGUCAAGAAGUCCGGCCGGGUCUCCAUGAUCGUCUUCUUGGUCACUGCCAUCAUGGCGCUCAGCACCGUGAUCGUCACUUGUUUUGGAGCCCUAGAUGUUUGGACGCAGUACAUCGGUGGAGCAUAUAUGGGAUUCAAGUUACCUUGCUGAGUGACAUGGCAUCCUAAGUGGUACAAUAUAUUGGGAGCAUGUCUGUGGAGAGGUGUUUGUUUUAUGGCUGCUUUUGGCUUGGCGUUGAUUUUUUUUUCUGAAGGAAGCUUUUUUGAUCUUUGAUGCUGUUAUGGCUUUAUCUGGGUUUUAGGCUUAACAUAUGUUUGUCUGAAAUAAGUCUGUACUACUUCUGAACAAAGAUGCUUGCAUGUCCGGUA